AUGAAAUUGAGCAGCGCACUGCAGCCAUCGUCGCACGAGCCCAAGCGGGACAAGAAAACACGACCCUACACGUCAGCCGGUCGUCCCACUGCCUCUGCGUCGCGCGGAGUUGCAGCCCGCCGGUCGCCAUCCAAGUUCAAGACCACCACCGCGACAACAGCAACAGCCGGGCCGUCAUCACGACGCCCGCGCACAGCCGGCGCACUGGCGCGCAGCGUGGGCUCUGUAGGCGGUGACGAGUUCACGCGCGGAGACCCGCUGCUGCAGGCGGUGGACGCCGGGGAGUUGGGCGAUGAGGCGGCUGUUCGUGUCCUCAAGGCAAAGCUCAAAGUCACCAUGGAGCAAAUGGACGCGGCAACAGAGGAGUUGAAAGCGGUCAAGAACGAGCUGCAGUCCCUCAAAUCACAGCACAAGGACACGUCAAAGGAGGCGACAAAGGAAAAGAAGAGCGCACAAGCGGCGCAGCGAUCGGCAAACCAGAUGAAACGGCUGCUGGAUGAUAUGACGGGCAAGUACGAGCGGGAGAAGGAGCGUGCGAAAGACUUGCAGGCGGAGGUGGACGCCAUGAAGCGCAAGGCAAAACAGGAGUCUGCCGGGAAUCAGGGCUUGGAAGUUCGAUUGAACCGUGCAUUGGAGGAGAGAGACAACCUCAAGUUGCAGCUGCAGAAACUGAAGGAGCGACCUGCACAAGCGAGCGAUGCAGAUUUGAAGGCACUGGAGGACGAAAUCAAGCAGCUGCGGAAACAGAGGAACGAGGUGCUGGAGGCGUUUGAGAAGGCGCUGCGGCUGGUGGAUGUGUUGAAGCGACAGAAGGUGCACCUUGAAGCGGCGCGCGCGCUGGCGUUUACGGAAGAAGAGUUUAUCCAGGCCCUUGACUGGAGACAGCUCGAAUGAUGCUGAUGUGAUUUGCCGUUCGUGGGCGUGCUUUGCAUGUGCUUCUGUGGCCGCGUUCUUGUGCGGCAUGCUUGCAUGCUUGUGUGUCUUUCUGUCCAAGCGUGAAUUCAAAAAUGAAGCAGAACCAGCCAUG